AUGACACAGCCCCAGAAGACAAUUGCCGUGGUCAACGCGACAGGCCGACAAGCGGCAUCGCUGAUCCGCGUCGCGUCCGCCGUGGGGUAUGCGGUGCGCGCGCAAAUCCACUCGCUCAAGGGCCUGAUCGCACAGGAACUGCAAAACCUCCCCAAUUUGACCCUACUGCAGGGCCCAUUGCUAGGCAAUGUGCAGUUGAUGGACGAGCUCUUCCGCGGCGCCAACUAUGCCUUCAUCAACACCACCUCGCAAUCCGGCGACGAGGUGGCUAUCGGCCGCGCGCUCGCCGACGCCGCCAAGCGCGCGGGCACCAUCACCCACUACAUCUACAGCAGCAUGCCCGAUCAUUCGGUGCAUGGUCCCUGGCCCGCGGUGCCUCAGUGGGCACCCAAGUUCACGGUCGAGAACUACGUGCGCCAGCUCGGGAUGCCGUCUACUUUCGUCUAUGCCGGGAUCUACAACAACAACUUCACGAGCCUGCCAUACCCACUCUUCCAGAUGGAGUUCAUGCCCGACGGCAGCUUCGAGUGGCAUGCUCCGUUCGAUCCAGAAACCCCUCUGCCGUGGCUAGACGCAGAGCACGACGUCGGGCCAACCCUCCUCCAGAUUUUCAAGGACGGACCGAAGAAGUGGAAUGGCCACCGAAUCGCUCUCACAUUCGAAACCCUCUCCCCGGAACAAGUGUGCGCGGCAUUCACCCGGGCUCUCAACCGACCCUGUCGCUAUGUGCGCGUGCCCAAGAUCGAAAUCAAGGUCAACAUCCCGCUGGGAUACCGGGAGCAGCUCGAAGCACUCGAAGAACUGUUUGGCAGGCACAACGCGCCGUACUUCCCCCAGCCGGAAUUCUCGCAACCACCGGCCGGCUCGCCCAAGGGCCUUGGUCCGGCUGGCGGGAAGGGCGCCGGCGCUGGGAUGAUGCAAGGCCCCGGUGGCGUCAUUUCGCUUCCUGUGACGGACGAAGCACGGCAUCUGUGGCAGGGCUGGCGCGAUAUGGAAGAAUAUGCGCGUGAGGUGUUCCCCGUGGAAGAGGAGGCCAAUGGACUGGACUGGAUGCUUUAA